CGGUACGCGCACGCAAAGCUCGCAUUAGAUGCCGGCCCACUCAGCGCUGGCUGGCAGUGGCGUCAAGAAAGCAUCUAGUUUGUUGUUUAUUGCGCCGCGGCUGAGUUCUGCAGCGACAGUAGCGCUAGCGGUAGACCGCCUCUAUUCAAACCGACCAAAAAGACACAGCUACAGAUUGGACCACACAUACUGCAAAAACAGCUGCAACUGUUAUUUUAGGCGAUUAAACAGUACGGACGAGGGCAAAGCUUUGGAACAAUAAGGCAAACGUAUGAACUAAAACAAAACGAAGGCGUCACGACGCGCGACUUGAAGCCAGCUACAUAGCGUAUUGUAGUAUCACAGCCGAUAGACUAAACGGCGCCGUAUCUUCGUCUCUCAUCUUGAUACGGUAAGUUCUGUAGUUGUGAAUUCCGCGUUAAUAUAGUUACCGCUAGCUUGAUCGUUCUACGCAGUUUUGGCGCGAAUUUGUUUUACAUUGCGUUGCCCAGUCGCCACCGGUACGUGAACGGCACGGUGUAAAUAAUAACGCUAGACACCAGAAGUUGGUUAUGUUUUUGUUGCUGGUCGAAUUAUGUCUGUGAACAGUGCAUGAAAGUGAAUACGAGUCGCCAUUGUUCUUAACGGCGUUGCUAAUAUCGUUGGCUCUUUCGAACUGCUGUCUGAUUUAGUGGUAGUUUUAAUUUCAUUGAUUAAACACUUACGUUCAGAACGUUAAAACGAUUUUUUCAAGAGCUACGACGGAUCUCACGGCCAGUGUUGUAGUUUCAGGCCUGGAAGUCUCCAAUGAGACGUUUUAUGUGUGCAUAAUUGCAGACCACAACUGUUCAUUGUUUGCGAAGAUCGUCACUUGUAGUAAGUCAGUAUAAAGCGAUAAUAACGUGUGAGUGAAGUUGGCGUUUAAUUCAAACUUUCUUUGAUGUUGAUGUCGGUGACAGACAGCAUUAAUAUGUAACAGCUCGAACAAAGUGCAAAAUAAACGUUUUUGAGCGGAUUUUUACACGGGCGAACGAAAACAGUGUCACCCAGCGAUUGUCGUAGACGUAUAAAGUAAGCGUGCUAUUCGAGCUGGUGUCAACAUUGUUAUUGCGUGUGGAGGGAAUAUAAUUUAUAUAUUGGGUAUUUGUAUUGUUAUUUGCGUUCCGGUACAAGCGAUUGGAACGAGUUCAUAAGAAUAUUCGCUAGGCCGUCGGUGGUAUUUCAGUCGAAGCGCAUACAAGCAUUUGGGCAGCAGUAUCACCUGUCGGUAGUGCUUCGCAUGGUAUAAGGGCUAUUUCAAAUGUUUCGCGUGUUUUGUUGAUGGAGUGCACUCAGCAUUUCCACUGUAGUCGUCUAUAAGUAGCCCUGGUGCAACUGCAUACGUCCUUCGCUCAUAGUAACAGCAAUGUAGUACAGUUCAGUAAUUAUGAGUAAAGCAUACGAGGUUUAUGUAGUUUGAGUAUAAGCUGUAGACUUAGACAAACAUUUAAGGUACUUGAUUUCAACCAUAGCCGGAAGUUAUUAUUAGAAGGCGUUUCCAUAAACGCAUAUAGGGGUGAAUGAAAUCAUUUGUGCGAGAUUCAGUUAUUUCAUUUAUUUUUAUAAGAUGCUUAGAUGGGCAAUGUAAGUACUUCGGUCCAGUGUGAAAAAUAGGAGUUCAGUAAUUUCAAAAAUAAAUUGUUUUUGAAUGUAAGCGUCCUGGUGAUAUUCUCCUCGUACAUCGAACAUUUCUUCAUUAAUUAGCUUGAACUUACUAAAUGAGCUCAGCGUAGUUUUUCAUUGCAGUACUAUGUCUGGUUCCAGAAGUUUUAAAGACACGCAGGUCAGCCUUCAAUGUUCGUAAAUGAGUGACACUUUACAGUAUGUCUAGCUCACUUGUUGCAUAUGAUGUUAGUUCAGAAUCGGAUACGGACGAAUUACAGUCUCCAUUAAACGCCAAAGCUAUGGCGGUGUUAACAUCGCAAAUCAAUGCAUCACCGGCUGUCCAUUCAAAAGGUUUGGCCAACUAUAUUGUGCCUGUCGAUCCCACGUCGAAACAGCUAAUGUAUAAUCCUCGCUAUGAAGACCUGUACGCCACCGAAAUUGGACCAGUGAAUCCUUUUCGCACUAGUGGUUCGCUUAUUAAAAAAAACACAUUGGCAGGCUUUGCUGAACCAGCCCACAUCAGCGACUACCAUUUUGAAGCAGAACGCCGAGCCUUCCACACGCUUGGAUACGCCCAUGAUCCAACGGAAGAUGCAAAUCCAAAUCGGCUCAUUGGAGAUGGAGCAGCGGCUCAAAUGCGUCACGAAAAAGAUGGAAUUGAGACCCGCAAUAUAAGCCAGCACAAGGCUUCGGGAAGCAGCGCUAUUAGUAAGAAACAGAAACGAAUACGUAACGAUGAGGCUGGCGAUAUUGAGGGUUUCCUAGGUCCCUGGGGCGGACUUGUGGGCGAGAAACGUAAUGUCAAACCCAGUCCUGAAGAACAGGAGGAACUUAAUGCAAUUUUAGCCAAACGACAAAAACACAUUAAUAAGCAAAAAGAUGAAGCCGCCGCUGAUGAAAAAACCACGCUGCACAUCGAAAAUCCGCUUGACUAUCAAGGACGAAGCUUCCUCGUGGCGCCGACUCAUGUUGACGGCGUGAAACUUCGCCCGCCUGAAAAAUGCUUCUUGCCGAAGAAGCUAGUCCAUCAAUGGGCCGGCCACUCGAAAGGUGUUGCAUGCAUCAAGUUGUUUCCCGAUUCUGGCCACCUACUGCUGUCUGCCGGUAUGGAUUCAAAGGUCAAGUUGUGGCGUUAUUAUGACGAUCGGGCGUUGGUUCGAUCGUAUGCAGGUCACAAACAGGCGGUACGCGACAUCGAUUUCUCGUUCGACGGCACUUCGUUCCUCAGCACAGCAUACGACCGUUACGUGAAGCUAUGGGACACGGAGACUGGUCAGGUUCGAGAACGGUUCACUUGCCGAAAAGUAGCAUAUUGCGUCAAGUUUAAGCCAGAUAGCCAAGAUCUUUUUUUGGCAGGCACCUCGGACAAAAAAAUUAUCUGCUGGGAUGUGCGCAGUAACUCAAUCGUACAGGAGUACGACCGUCAUUUGGGAGCCGUUAACACGAUCACGUUCAUCGAGGAUGGGCAAAAGUUUGUGACAACAUCGGACGACAAGAGUGUUCGCGUCUGGGAGUGGGAUAUUCCGGUUGACAUUAAAUAUAUUGCCGAUCCAGCUAUGCAUUCGAUGCCUGCUGUGGCGUUAUCGCCGAACCGUAAAUGGCUCGCGUGCCAGUCGAUGGACAAUAAGAUUAUGAUCUUCUCAGCGUUAAAUCGACUGAAGAUGAAUAGAAAGAAGGAGUUUAAGGGUCAUAUGGUAGCCGGGUAUGCGUGCGGUUUAAAUUUCUCACCCGACCACGCAUAUCUUGUGAGCGGGGACGCGGAUGGAAAUAUGGCGUUGUUCGACUGGAAGAGUACGCGCAUGCUUCAAAAGAUCAAAGCACACGAUUCAGUAUGUAUAUCUACUUUAUGGCAUCCAAUGGACACUUCGAAAGUAAUUACGGCUGGAUGGGAUGGAGCCAUCAAGUUAUGGGAUUAAGCUGCGCUCUGCUAAAAGAAAUCUCGGUAUCAUUGCGCACCAUUUGUACCACUUAAUGUAGUUAUAUGAGCUUUGUGCUCUGCUAAAUUGAUCACAAUUGAGCUUUGCAAUGAAUUAUUAAUUAUUUAUAUGUAUAAAAUAGUUAAGAAACGUAAGAUGAAAAUAAAUGAUUAUUUCUAUAACAUAUGUGUAAGGCGAUAAAAGAGAGAUUGGUCAAAACAUUUUGCUUAAUAAUUAGUGUUACAAGCGAGAUGCGUUCUUCACUUGCAGCAAACUCAAAUGACGCAUAUUCCCUAUUUUUAAGAUGGCUAACGAGUAAAACGCGACUUUUGCAAAUAAUUUGGAAGGAAGAUAAUGCUGACGUAAGCUAAUUAUUUUUAUCUAGUCGCUGUUCCUCAAUCGUUCGUUAACAUUUAGAACUCCGGAAAUGGAUGCAUAUGCAAUAAAGGGCGAAGAAGUCGACAUGGCUCAAUACUUUACAAUUUGAUCUCCCUUCCAGAAUCACAUUCUCGUGCUCAUAACGAAGUGCGAUACUCGAGUCAAUCCUAUAUAUAAUCUUCUAAAGUAUAGUCAUGCAACUAACUUUAAGUAUAGAGUUUCUCCGGCACUGUUAGGUAGAGAGUUGCUGAAGCCAGAAUUUUAUAGGCACUUUGUGAUCUGCACAGUUCUUUAAUUCGUAAAAAUGUCGUAAUGGUAAGCAAAGAAUUGUACGAACGAUUUUAGAAAUACUCGCACUAAAUGUAAUUCGAUUGGGAUAAACAGAAACACUUCGAGACGGCGAAAACGAUAAAGCUUGCGAGCUCAGCAUUCUGGUCAGAAUAAGGGUGAAGCGUAU